UAUUGCUGCGUGAUGAGCUGCACUACAACGUGUGAGAUGGCACCCCACCAGAGCCGCUCUAAGGUAGGGAAUGUAGCGAGUACCAAAAGUUCAUCGAUGUGUCUGCUGGUAGCGUGCUUACUAAGCAGUGGACACCUGGUAGCCUGUUGGAAUCUUCGUGAUAACAACUACCAAGGGAACGAUGCUUACCUUGGCAGAAACACUGCUGGCUACGGUGGCUAUCGAAGUGAAGAACAGCAAAGUGUUUCAGUGCAUGGUGGCAACAGUGGUGGGUUUGAACGAGGAUCACAACUAGGGGCAUCGUUUCAAGGGCAAACGGCUGGAGGAGCAGUUACAGAUCUACAGCGUCAUCAGUGGACAAACGGAGCAGGUUCUAGUUUUGCUACUCCCGGCAUCGCUGGAGGAGAUACUCAGCAGCUAAAUGGAUUUAACGGUGCAAGCGAUUACAGUCGCGCUGCUGGUGUUCCCGCCCACGGAGGAUCUUAUCAGGGAGUGAACAGUUUAGGACACACGACCAGUGGAGCAACGGCAGCAGGGUCUAUAAACGGCCAAUCAGCUGUACCAGCAAUACACACAACGGCAGGUGAUUCCCAACUAGCAGGAUCAUACGUGGGUGCAACGGCUGGUGCUGGAUCAGGAUUUAACUACAGGGCUCCAGCAGUUUAUCCUAGUGCUAGUGGUGGCUAUAUUGGAAGUCCCGUAGCUGCCUUUCCACAUCCCUGGAAGUUUGGUCCCCCUUCUGUUGGCGGUGGCUUCGGAAGGCCUAACUUCCCUUGGUAUGCGCCCACUGGAUACCUUUACCGUCCUCCUGUGGCACACCUCAACCCAGAUGGUAGUUACUCCUUCUCCUACAAUACACCUCACUCGAACCGUGACGAGACCGGCGAUGGUAGCGGAAAUGUAGCCGGUACUUAUGGCUUCCAGAACGACGGAUCUAAGCAUAAUUUUUCAUUCAGUGCCGGACCGGAUGUGGAUUUGCGAACAACCUUGGUUCAAAGUGCAGGAGAAGCAGCUAGAGCCGGGAAUGAUAACCCGGCAAAUUAUGGUCCCCAAUCGGUACACACUCAUGGAGGACUACCGCAACUACCCGGCGGUGGUUUUGGUGCUAAUGUUACACCGAACCCCGGCGUGAGUCCGUCGGUGACCAAUGGCUUUUCUGGGUCGGGCGUUCGCGAUGACCUGGGUUCGGGAGAUGGUUCUGACCAGAGCAGUCUAUCGGUAAUUGGUCUACCAGCGUCAGGUGGAAGUGAUUCUACCGACGUCACACCAAACUUGGUGCAAACCAGAGCCACGGAAGCAAACCUAGCCGGGGAUGAAAGUACAACCAACCGACCAGCAGGUGAUGCACGAAAUACGAUUAUCGAUCGCACUACGGGUCAGCAGAGUGCGGUUGAUAGAACAUUGCCGAACAACCCGUCCUAUCAACCCGAUAGUACAAGACUACCAGGAGGAAUCGCUCAGUAUGGAACAAACGGCAACCCAAAUGGUCCAGCUAGUGAUUUCGCUCCGAACUUUGGUGCUGGAAAUGCUGGAUUUGAACAUGCCAACAAUCCUGCAGGUGUUUCCUCUUACACGACUCCAACGCCAGUGUCCGUCUUGGGUGUGGAGCAAGUUGUCGGACGUCCUGCAAACGAUCCAUCGUACAAUGUUAAUCUCCAAGCCCCACAGGGACAAGGUGUGCCCUUUGGAAAUGCCGGAGCUAGUUGGAACGGAUUACCUGCUGCUGCAGGACGCCCCGAUGGUGGCUUAGGUGCCGGUGCCGGUGAAGGGACCUCAUAUCCCGGUUUCGCACCAAACUCGGGCUCAGGUUUUGGAACAGGGAACUUCGGGCAGCAACAGCCAGGAGCUUUCUCACCCGCAGGAGAUUUGAACGCCAACAAUUUCCAGUACAAUCCAAGUGCAAAUGGAGGGUUCCAGUCAACUGCCAGUGGUGUGCCAGUGUCCGGUGGAUUUGGAGGAUUUAACUCAAACGGUGCAGGUGUCGGUCCCGGUGCAAAUAGUUUUGGCGGAGAUAUAACCAAUCGAGCAGGCGGUGCAGUUGGUGCAGCUGGUGCAGGUGGUAGAAUGUACCAGUUCGGAUACAGUACUCCCGAUGCCGUGCGCGAAGAGUCGGCCGAUGCUCGAGGCAACGUAAGGGGUUCGUUUGCGUACAACAACGCAGCCGGGCGUCACGAUUUGCAAUACGUCGCCGGUACUGGUACUGGGUUCCGUCCAACUGGUGGUAGUCUUUCCAUACCAAAUGGGCUUUCGGGUGGGGCAAACACCGGUCCGGGCACGCAGUUCAGGGAUGGUUCUUUCGGAAACACUGCCACAAAGACCGGUCUAACGGGCGACGGACAUGCCAAUACUUUCAGUAGCUCCGGAGAUGGUUCUUCCUAUGAAGAGGGCUCUGGCCAAUUCGUCGCAGGUGAUAAUGUUGAGCAAGCGACAGUAUCUAGCCUGUCCGGCUUCACGCAGUAA